UCAAAAAAAAAAAUCAGUAAAGAUAAAAAAAAAAUUAAAAUAAAAAAAUUGGUCUAACUAACUAAUUAGCUGGCAUCCAAACAGACAAGAAAUCAAACCCUGUCCGGAUUAGGAAACAGAGAGUUCCAUUCCUUGGCACUUCCAAAUCCUAAAAUGAUUCAAUUUCACAUUGACUCUCACUCUAUAGCUGGCAUUUGGAGGGCUACAGGAUGCCCUGCAAGAAAGGGGCACGAGGAUCCGGAUUCCUAUAUAAGCACCCCUAACCAUCAUUGCCUACAAACCCAACUCUCGCUCUUCUCUCUGCUUUUUUAGUUUCGAUUACUGCAUAUACGCCUCCUCGUCCUUCUUUCUUGUUCUUGUUCUUAUUCUUCAAUCAAGCAAUGGCUGGUGCUCUUAUCAUUCCUGCUAGUAACGAUUCCCCGAAAGAUUAUCCCAGAAAACUUACUUGGUAUGUCUUCGUAACUUGCAUCGUCGCCGCCAUGGGUGGUCUGAUUUUUGGCUACGACAUCGGUAUCUCUGGUGGGGUGACAUCGAUGGCUCCGUUUCUUGAGAAGUUUUUCCCGUCUGUGUAUCGGAAGGAAGAACUCAAUCAGUCAAGCAAUCAGUACUGCAAGUUCAACAGCCAAACGCUGACCAUGUUUACGUCGUCUCUGUAUUUGGCUGCUCUUUUUGCGUCCUUCUUGGCGUCGACAAUGACCAAGAAACUGGGCCGCAAGUUUUCCAUGCUUAUGGGCGGUUGUGUCUUCUGUUGCGGUGCUCUUCUCAAUGCCUUUGCUUUGGUCGGCCCUGAUGUACCAUCUAGUCAUGUUCUAAGCAAAUCAGAAAUUUUCAUGUCCUCGUAUUAUUUAAUUAUCUAA